UGGAGCUUCUUCUGGAACAGAGAAGGCAACACCCCUCUUCUGGGGCAGUCUUACCCUUCCCUCUCUCAUUCCUUCACCCCAGGCCUAAAGCAGGUGAUCUGAUCAGCUGUGAUAGUUUUCAGCACCCGCCUGAGAAAGGAACAUUCAGCUGGUCAGUUACAUCCCUCUGCCAGAGGUCUCCAAACAGAUGCAGUAGCAGUGUGCCAUUUCAGAGGCACCUAAAGCAAAACGUUAUCACAGUCACACGCUUGUUUCAGUUUGUUCAAAAUUCUUUGCAGAGAUAGUUUCAGAAUGUCUGAAUCCACACCCAUUAUGGAGUUUAGUGGGACGCACCAAGCCUUCAGAGACCGCUGGGCAAAGACAGACGAUGAGAUGUGCAAGCACAGUAUGUCUUUCCACUUGCAUAACACCUUAAGAAAGGAGUUCUUCGCUAGCUACCUGCAUCUCCUCGAGCAGACUCAUCUGGUGAAACUCUAUGCCGUGACUUGUGAGUACAUUAAAGGGGAGAAGCAGUUUUACUACAGGGCACAGAACUUCUAUAAGGAUGUUCCGGCAUCAGAGGAGGGCAUGAUGGGAGAUUUCGUGGAGAUUUCUGAGGUUGAUCUCGAGGGCUCAAGGCAGUUCCUAAAGAAGUUUGUUGGUCCAGGGAAGGCCACCACAAAGCGUGCAUUAGACUGUGGCUGUGGAAUUGGGAGAGUGUCUAAAGGAGUCCUGUUUCCUGUGUUUGAAUCCAUGGAGAUGCUUGACAUGAUGGAAGAGUUUAUCCUCCAUGCUCAUGAGUGUUACCUUGGAGAUUAUGCAGACCGGGUGGAGGCCUACUAUCUUUACAAUUUGCAGGAAUUCAUCCCACCUCCAGAAAGAUAUGAUGUCAUCUGGAUGCAGUGGAUUGCCUGUCACCUUACUGAUAAGGACCUGAUGGAGUUUUUAAUGCGUGCAAAGCAGAGCCUGAGGCCCAAUGGCGUGAUCAUUAUGAAGGAUAACAUGGCACGGCAGGGCUGCAAGCUGGACCCCAUUGACAGCAGCAUCAUCCGCCACCUGGACAUCAUGAAGAGCAUCAUUGAGAAAGCAGGUCUCACCAUACUGGACGUGGAGAAACAGGAAGGCUUUCCUGAGGCCAUUGUGCCUGUAUGGAUGAUUGCCAUGCACUGACCCUCAGACUGCUUAAACAAAAGUGGUGAUUCAGAAUUAUGUUUAGAAGGUUUUGGAAGGAGAGACACGCUUUGUUCAGUAUGCGUUAUACAUGCACUUGUGUAUAUUCAAUAAUAUUUUAUGUUAUUGAAAUGGAACACUAAAAUGAAGACAGAUGUACAUAAUUGUAUUGCCCUUUUCAGUGUAUUUAGAAUUUUGUACAUUUAGUAACACAAUGCGAAACUUCAUAGGUAUUUUUUUUAUAUAAGAAAGUAAUGUUUUGUGUCUGUCUGUAACAGACAGAAUUAAGUGUAAUAUAUGUUAGUGCCAUUGUUUUUCUUUUUGUA